CAGCUCACCCAGUACCAAAGGCUACGAUAUAUCACAACAAUCCAAUUCGAUGUAAUAGACUGAAACCUGGCAGCUGGAACCUUGAGUUAUGCCCAGUGCUUCCUCGAUACUCUUCUAUGAUUCAAUUGCCCUUGCUCUGUAAUCUGGUCAACUAGCCUUAGCAGGAAGCAGAAACAGAAACGAUCCUGAAAUAUUCUACUUCUUCAAACCGGAAUCCACACCAGCCACAAACACUCGAAAUCAUCUGUUGUAAGUUUGCAGUCGUGUUGACAAGAACAUAUACUAUACUGUCUGUUGUAUACCCGCAUCCCAGAAUCAUAGCGGCACCACCAAUAUCCAGAAAUGGCGUCAGGCCGGUUAACUACAAAGACCUCCGUCGCUCCUGAGAGGUUCAAGACUCUCCUCCCAUCACUACAGCCCACUGUUUAUCUUGACCCGAACGCAAGCAAAUCCCCUAACAAUAUCCGUACUAUUGCUUGGAACCCUCUGGGUACAUACCUGGCCACUGGCUGCACAGACAAGACACUGCGAGUUUGGAACGUAGAGAAGCCUAAUGUUCGUCAGUCAACGGAGCUCAGGGGGCAUGCGGCACCCAUUGAAAAGGUUGCUUUCAACCCGGCCAAGGAACUUGAGCUUUGUAGCGUGAGCAGUGAUGGGGUCGCGAGGUUUUGGGAUGUCAAGAAUAAAGUGGUCCUCAAUGAAGUCAGAGGUCUAGGAGAGACCUUCACGUUGGCUUGGACGCCCAGCGGAGAACACGUCGUCGUUGGCAACAAGGAAAAUAAACUUCAUGUAUUAUCCCCAACUGAACCCAACGUCAUUUCCACACACCAGCAACCAACCAUGACCAACGACAUUACGUUUUGUUGGAGUGGUCAAAGGUUAUUUGCUACUACGGGAGAGGGCAAGACUAGAAUCCUCACGUUUCCGGGAUUUGAACCGGCCUACCAGUUCAGUUAUAAGGAUAUGCCAGAGAACGAAUUCAUGCUAUCCGGGCACACUUCGUCUUGUAUCGCUGUCGAGCUGCACCCCUUCAACAGAUACCUUGCCACGGGCGGAACAGAUUCUCUUAUUGCGCUUUGGGAGACAAACGAGUGGAACUGCGUUCGGACCAUCACUAAGAUGACGGGUCCAGUCCGAAGUAUAUCCUUCUCUUGGGAUGGUCUCUUCGUCGUUGGCGGGAGUGAUGAAGGCACAGGAUUAGAGAUCACCGUUUCUGAAACGGGAGAGCAUCUUUGCACUUAUAAAACGCGGACGUCGUCCCCUAUGGUGGCUUGGGCGCCGAAUCGAUAUGCUCUUGCAUAUACUGACUCAGGUAGUCUUAGAACAAUAGGGGCAAGCCCUGGAGGAAAAUAGAAAGACUGAUGGGCACGGCGUUGUCGCAACUAAAGGAUCAUGAAGAACCUCGUGGCUGCAGAUUCAGAAGAUGCAACGCUGGACUGGGAGGAGGCUGUUUUAAGGUUGGCAUGCACGCACACGCCACGAAUGGCUGUCGCACAGGUUGUGACGGUACCUGACGCUAUCCAGUGUCAGCGCGGAUGAACUUGACUCCGAGUUUGGAGCAGGCAAUGAUAUUGGCAAUCUUCCGUGUGGGUGAACCAGUUGUACCAACAUGUUCUGUACGUGCGAUGCUAUCAAGCAGUGUCGAAUCAACAGAGGCAUUCGAUCUGGUUUAUCCACCGUGAUGUAUCAAUACCAAUCUAUAGCGAAACUCGGCGCGUCCUACUUAAUUAACAAGGAGAACUAGGCACUUGUUGUGCAAGUCUGAAAAGAUGUAAGCAGUCAUCUGGUAUUA